AUGACAAGAACAGAUGAUUUUGACUUCCCAAGGGAAGGCUUUCCUAUCCCCCUCGACCCAGCCGCGGCUUUGCGAUCCCGUGAAUAUUUCUCCACUUCUCCGUAUUAUUUCCAUGACAAGCACGCGGAGUCUAUUAUUCGAACCUCCUCAUGGUACUACAAAGACCCUGUUCUUGCUGUGAUCUACUACCCGCCCCGAGAAUAUGCUGCUGUUUCUCUUUCACUAGCAAAUCCAUUUCAGCGGCCAUCAAGCAAUGGACUUGGCUCUCUCGAUCGUCUUCCUCUCGAGCUUUUAUUUAAGAUCUUUUACAGUCUUGAUAUGCGCUCUCUGCUCAAAUUCCGACAAGCCAAUCUCAUAUCAAGAGAGAUGAUACAUUAUCUCACGCAGUAUGACAAGAUAGCCGUACAUGCUCUGAACCCUCUCUGUGCCUUACUACGAACAGGACUUGCUGUCCACGUUUCCUUACUUGAGUUUUACAACGCCUUAUGUACGAAGACCUGCUCUUUCUGCAAAGAAUUUGGUGGUUUCAUAUGUCUCCCAAUCUGGAAGCGAUGCUGUUUUGAAUGUAUGCAGGAUUCACCGGAGACUCAAUUGCAACCACUUUAUGCUAUGCAAGAACAAUUCUCCAUUCCUGAAUCGAAACUUGAAAGGAAACAGUUGAGAUUGUUUGACUAUUUAUCGGGGGUAUAUACCAUGAAUGAGACCAUCUAUGACUCAAAAUACAGGCAGACACUUGUUUCUCUUCAUCAGCUUGCUUUGGUUUGUAAACGCAAGUCUACACCCCCGAAGGACCAGUCAAUACGCAAACAUCCGCCGGAGCCUUACAACUUCAUGGGUGCAUGUGCAUUGCCGUACUAUGACAAAUCAACUGGCGAAGUUGAUUCUGGGCUUCGGUGUGCUGGCUGUCUAAUUGCUCGUCGCUAUGAAAUCAUUAGCAGAUCACGAAUGGAGUUGGAAUAUGGCGUAUCAUCCGAGAAAGCAUUUACGAGAGCCGAUUAUUUGGACCAUUUUCGAUGGUGCGCCUGUGCACAAUACCUGUGGGAAACGAGCGACGAAGGUAGACAAGUGCCAGAUGAUCUACUUUGGACAGCUCGUUUGGGUGGCGUCUUUCAAAGAAAAAGGGACUGA